UCUCUCUACGUCUAAUCUCUCUGUCUCACUCUUUAGUAAAUUUUUCUCUGUACAUCAAUCUCUUUUCUGAUUUCAUAAAUGGCAGAACACAAAGUAGCAAGGUUUUCAAGUUGUCGUGGAGUUGCCUUUGAGAUCAUUCCCGAUAAAACAAGUCAAUUUUCAAUAACAACUCCUCCUCCUGUAGUUGAAGCGCCCCAAGAGUCGUCUAAUGCAACAUGGGUAUGGCUUCCGUGGACUCAAAAGAGUUCUUUCAAGGUGUUUCCAGCACCUUUAACUGGGUCAUUUCAUAGAUCUCUAAGUCGACCUAGUAAUCAUUUUUGUGACUUGGAUGUCGACGAGGAGGAUGACCAUGAUGAUGAGACCAUUUAUGAGGAUGAUGAAGAUGUAGAAUUAGAGGCCUUCACUGAAGAAGAUCUCGAGAAGCAAAACUCCGUUCGUAAGCCCUCAUACCACCAAAAAAAACCUCAAUCCAGACUUUCAAUCAUUUUACUUGAUCAAGGGCUUUUUACCGUCGAAAAACGACUGUUCGUUGUUUGUUUCACGUUAAAUAUGAUCGGAUUAAUUCUCGCUGCCAUCGGGCGUUUCCCAUAUGCAAAAGAAAAGGCUGCUCUCUUUUCUAUUGCCAAUAUACUUGCACUUGUUCUAUGUAGAAAUGAAGCUAUAUUAAGGGUUGUGUUCAUGUUAGCAGUGAAGGUCUUAGGAAGGUCAUGGAUCCCUGUACAAAUAAGAACUGCAACAACUUCUUUUCUUCAAUGCCUUGGAGGUAUACACAGUGGUUGUGGCGUUUCUGCCACUGCGUGGUUGAUCUUCGCUCUAAUUCUGACCCUAAAUGAUAGAAACAACACUUCUUCAGAGAUCAUUGCUGUUGCUUCUUCCCUUUUAUUUCUCAUCGUUCCAUCUUGCAGUUGCCAUUAUGGUUGGACAUCCCUCGUUCUCGUAUGGGUCUUCAUCGUUCUUACUAACUCUUACAGACCUGCUCUAAAAACCUAUGACUUCAGUUUAUCAAGAUUCAUUAAAACUCAAGAAUUUUGGUUCACGUUAGUCAUCACUAUUGUUAUCAUUCUCCCAUGGCUAACAGUAAGACGGGUACCCGUAAGAGUAUCUGCUCCUUCAAAUCAUGCUUCGAUAAUCAAGUUCGAAGGUGGAAUAAAAGCGGGAAUCCUUGGAAGAAUUAGUCCAUCACCAUUCUCCGAGUGGCAUGCAUUCGGAAUCAUAUCAGAUGGAAAGAAUGAACAUAUGAUGUUAGCUGGUGCAGUUGGCGAUUUCACUAAAACCUUGGUUUCAAAUCCUCCAAGUCAUUUAUGGGUUAGAGGAGUUCAUUUUGCUGGUCUUCCCUACCUUGUCAACAUGUACGAAAGAGUUGUGUUAGUAGCAACAGGAUCAGGAAUCUGUGUGUUUUUAUCAUUCCUUUUGCAACCAUCCAGAGCUGAUAUACAAGAAAUGAUGAGCGGGUUUCCAAAGGACAAGGUUAUUGUUCACGAUACGGCAGUUCUUGGUCGGCCGAAUGUAGCUAAAAUGAGCAUCGAUGCCGCGAAGAAAUGGGACGCUCAGGUUGUGGUUGUAACUAGCAAUCCUGAAGGUAGUAGGGAUGUUGUCGAUGCAUGCAAAGGUGCUGGGAUUCCUGCUUUUGGACCUAUUUGGGACUCUUGA